AUGGUCAAUGUAGCCGGCCGUUCCAAAGGAUGCUCAACCUGCCGCAAGCGACGCGUCAAAUGUGACGAAAGUCGGCCGGUUUGCCAACGAUGCCAAAGGCUUCGUCUUGAUUGCGAUGGUCCUAGAUCCAUUGUCUUUGUCGAGGGCAAAAUCGUCAAAUCACGAAGGACCCAGAAACAGUCGACUCCAGGGUCAGAUGAUGCAGACACGAGCCUGGCCCUGUGGAAGCGACAAGAUGUCGAAGAAUCCAUUUCACUAUCUCCUGUUCUCCAGUCUUCCGUGCAGGACUUGGGACUGAGGUUCAGCGAGUACCAAGUUUAUGUCUGUUAUUUACGCCAAAAUCUCUAUCCCAACGGACCCGUCGACCGGGGACUGCAGAAGCUGGACGUCUCGGAUCUCGAAGUUAGUCGCGAUCCAGCGAGAAGAGAAGGCACACCCCUCUUCAACCAAGCUGCCCUGACUUUUGCAAUUCUUCUCUUUGGCGCGCGACACAAGCAGACGCAAAUCAUUGCCGAGGGCUAUGACAUGCACGGUGUCACGCUUCGGCGGCUGAACAAAGCGCUCAGCAUCCCGGGAUGCCACACCAGUGACGAGAUCAUCAACGUCAUUGUCAUCAUGGCCAUGCUUGAGAUGUACAUGCCCAGUGGACCGCAGAAUUGGCUCAAGCAUAUGCUCGGGUUAGAGAGGAUGCUAGAACUGCGUGACCCGGGUUCGCUCAUAUACGCUUCGUCUCAGACAUUGGAGUUGUACAAAGGAGUGCGGCACAUGAUUCUGCUGGCGGCGCUACGAAAUAGAACACCAUCCAUUUUUGCGAGACCGAGGUGGAAAGCUGUGCUGCGGACAGAGCUGUCACUGGAAACCCCGCAAGAACAAGACUUGCACGAUGUCCUGGCUGACUGCUCGGUACUGACGGCCGCCAGUGACGAGAUUGCCAGAAUAUGGGACCCGUACGACGCCAAUUGCAUGCAGCGGCUUGAACAAAUUACCACGACGGCCAUGAAUCUACUCGCGUCCCUGAGCAUGUGGAAAGAGCAAUGGGACAGUGAUGCGCUUAAUACUCGCACCAUAGAAACCGACUUUGAAGCGUUCCGUGCAGGUGCUCCACCGCUCCUCCAGACCAUCUACCGAUUCUACGACGACACGGUCACGCGCAUGUUUAUGCUAUACAACACGGCUCUCAUUCACGUUCUUCACAUCAUGGCGGCAACUGAAGGCUUCCAGUCCAAUGCUCACAUGUCGAGCUCCAUGGGCCCGGAUAUGCACGCCCAUGUUCCGCGCACCGGCACCAAGGCAGCCAUCUAUGCUGCGGGCAUCGAGACGGCGAGAAGCAUACUGGAAUACAUGCGGCAUAGAAGUUUACGUGGCGACAAGUACUUUCCGUCGCCGAUUGUGCAGUGGGCGGUCCUGACGGCGUGGGAGGCUCUGGGGCGCAAUGAGUCGCCAGAGGGGAGAUGGAUGAUGCGGUUUCUGUCGAGUAAUGACAAGUAUGCUAUUGCCAAGGUGGCGUGGCAGUUGUGAGUGUAGAUGGGCUCAUAUUUAUUUGUUGGUGUAACCAUGCGUGGUUUAUGGGGUUGUAUUUGAUAUAGACAUGGGCGAUAUGUAACAUGCAUUUGAAGGGAUUGGCUAAUUAGACACGGACAUAUGAA